UAAAUUUUUCAUUAUUUCUAGGAGCCGUCGAAAGCUCAACAGUUUUCAAAACCACUGGACGCCAAAAAGAAACAUUUACAGUGAGCAGCAGAGGUGUCGUGGCAAUGAUCAUCAGUUAAUCAGUUAUACUAGUUAACCGUAUUAGUGUCAUUUGUGUUAGCUUGCGAAAAAACGCAUUUUGUAACUGACAACACAAAAAGAUCCGAUAUAUCCGUCAAAGUCUACUGUGUUUGCUGGCUUAACAAAGUUAAUCAAUUCUGCAGGUGGAUGUGUGAUAGCAGGAUGAAUUUCUUGGUCGGCAACUGUUGCUUCUGCUUCUCCCUGAGAACUGGAUCAUACAUCAUUGCUUCUCUGAGCCUGGCAUUGUUCCUGAUUUUAGCGGUGACUGGUGUCUACUUCGCCAUUACUACUGGAAACGCCUCCAUACUGUGGAUAGCGGUUGGCGUCUACCUACUGGACAUUGGGUUGGCUCUGAUGCUCUUCUACGGUGUAAGGCAGAAAAAGAGGAUACUCGUCGUCACGUGGGUGUGGCUGACACUCAUUCUGAUGGGCCUGGCCCUCAUCGUUCUCAUCCUGAGCGUGGCACUCGCCAAGAUUUCCCUCCUGCAUUGCAUACUUGGCUUUCUUACCAUCGUCGUACACCUUUACUUCACACUGGUCGUUCGGUCUUAUGGACACGACAUGAGGGAAGGACAACUAGAAAACACUGCUUAAUUAAAGACUCUGUAACUGCCUUAUUGAUGUCCUGCAUAAAGCCAGCCCUCUUGCAAAUGCUUGAUCUCGUUUGACCAAGGAGAAGGGUCCUCUUGGUUAGUCAUGUCAAAACAACAAUAAUAUGCACCAUAAAAUAUUACAGGAAGUGCUGACGUAUACUGCAUUUCAUGUUCAUAUUCAGUAUUAACUUGUGACAUCGCGAUAAAUGGCAUAGGAGCGAAAUUGACCUUCAGUAAUAAUAAAUCCUUAAAAGUUCGCACAUAUAAAAUGAAAGGAAUUUUAAAGAACUAAUUCCCUAUCAUCCUAAGACAAAGAGGAAACUAUACCUGUUUAUUCUCUGAUUAAUCCCUAUGAAAACGGAUUGACUUUUUAUCGGGCGUUAACUAUUCUGACACAAAAGGAAUGAAAUGGCAGUAGUGUUGAAGAGUGAAUUUCCACGAACACUGUAUGAUUAUCUACAGUGUAUCUCGCAACUACGAAAUAAACAAUAGAAGAUAUAUACGGACUUACUAAAUAUUUCCUCUGAAAAUUUCCAAAAUACAAGACAAAAUAUAUAUUUAAGCGCCUCAGUGGCGUGGUUGGUUUGGUGUUUGCUUCUCACCUCGGUGGUCGCGGGUUCGAUUCUCGGCCAUUCCAUUGAGGAGUGAGAGAUGUGUAUUUCUGGUGAUAGAAGUUCACUCUCGACGUGGUUCGGAAGUCACGUAAAGCCGUUGGUCCCGUUGCUGAAUAACCACUGGUUCCAUGCAACGUAAAAA